GACCACCUCACGGAGACCCUCUGGGUAUUGGAGACCCCCAGUGGUCAUUAGGCCACGGUCUGAGAACCAAUAGAGUACAGAUUAAAUGAAGCAGUAUUUAUUCGUAAAGCACUUAGAAUUAAAUACGAAAUAGAUGUCCAAUACAUUUUCAACUUAAUUUUUUUUUAAUCAGUAUGUGCCAGGUUGGUGGGGGUUUUAGGGCUAUAAGGGCGUUACAGUAUUUUUUAAUGCCUUCAAGGAGCUCCCAGUCUCAUGGGGGAGGCGUCUGUGUAACCACACGGUUAAAACUCAGCGUGCGAGGGGCAGUUCCGUGGGAGAAGGCAGCGGGCUGUGGGAAUGCAGAGGAGGGUCCCUAAGCCCUGCGUGGCGCAUGGGAAGGGUGUGAGGACUUGGUGGGUUCUGGAAAGACUCUGCUGGGGGCGGGGUGUCGGAUGGACUAGGGCAUUUAGCCAGGUCAAAAGGACAGGGGGCUUGGACAAGAAAACUCGCGGUGCCGAGAUCCAAACCCCGGCCUCACCUCCUCUGUGAAGCGGUGUUUAUGUCACAAGGAACUGCUAAAGGACGUGGCUCUGCGGGCGGGGCAGCCCGGCUUCGGGGGCAGGGGACCCCUCCACCCUUCCUUGUGCCCCUCUCGGGCGCCUGUACUGGAGCGCAGGGCCCGGCGCCACCAGAGGCUGCCCCUCCGCUCGGCGAAGCGUCCAGAGACCAGCGUCCGCCCCACCACCCACCACCCACCACCCACCGCCUCCGCCCCCUCCCCUCCGGGCUAGCCUCGACCCCUCCCCGGCGGGAGUGGGAGAGGAGGAGCCAGGACCGGGCCGGAGCGGGGGGCGGCGCGACCGGACGCACCGGGGGGGUGGGGGGGACGGCGAGGAGGAAGGUCCGGCGGGGGUGGGGGGUGCCGCCCAGUCUGCGGGUCGCGGUGCGGGGCCCGCGGGCACGCGGGCACCCGGGCGCCCUCGGGCGGCGGAAGCCGGGCGCGCCCCUCGCCAGGCCGGGAUCGGGGCGGGGCGCGCGGCAGCCACGCGGGGGGAGCCGGUCAGCCGGUCUCGCCGCCGCCACCAAAGUUUCCUGCAGGAGCCGCGGCCACCCUUCCUUCUCCGGCCCCGGGCGCAGGGGCGACCCUCGGGCGAGAACUGUUUCCGAGGGCGACGGGGCCCCCUCUCCAUCUAGACCCCGCGCCUCCAUUGCGCCCAACUCGGAUUCCCAACUUGGGAGGCGCCGCGGGCCUGCGCACGCGCGCCUUCCUCGCCGCUGCCGCCGCCGCCGCCGCCGCCGCCGCCGCCGCCUCCUCCGCCUCCGCCUCCGCCUCCGCCUCCUCCGCCGGGGAGCAGGCUCCGGGCCGAGCCGCGCGCCGAGACUCGCCCCCCGCGCGCAGCCCUCCGGCUCGCGGUCCGCCGUCCCCGCCCAUGCGGACGCGGGCCGGCCGCCCGGUGCGCCCUCGCCAGAGGACCAGCUGAGCGCGGACCGCCGGCGGCGGCGCGAGGUGGGCCCGGCCCGGCGCUGCCCUCGACAGCGGCAAGUUUGGGAGUUGCACUAGUUUGCGGGGUGGGGGAGAGGCCGGGCGGGGCGCC